CUUAUUCAUUGCAAUGAGCGAUCAGAUUGACAAAUUCUGUUUAGUGCAAAAUGGUAAAGAUGCAUGGAUUGUCGAGACAAAAUUUGUUUUUAAGGCGGGGACUGAUGGCAAUCAUGUUCCCAUUGAUUUAAAUGAGGAGGAAGAUCAGACAUGUUUUGUCAAGACUGAAACCAGGCAGAUUAAUAAUGUCAUAGUUGUCGGUUCAAGCGACGAUGCUACAACUUUAAAAAACAAUUAUUUUGGUGGACCAACGAGGAUACGAACAUUAAAAAUAACACCAUAUAGCCCUGGAAUUCCCAAUAAUGGCAAAAGUCAGCAGAAGCCUACGACAAAAACGAGUCAAGCCAGUUCACAAUUGAAAAAAACUCAACACUCAGCUAAACAUUUCCGAGAUCUCUUACCGCCUGGAAAUAGAGAUUCUUCCAGCGACAAAGCUGAACAAACGCAUGAUAACGCAAUACUAGAUGGACACGAUCCAGGAGACCAAGAUGACGGUGAUGUCAACACUACAAUGGGAUACGACGAAAAUUCUGAGAGUAAUGCGAAUCCAAGAAGAAGAACUGUUCCUUCACCGCCAUUACGCAACGAUACUUUCGAAACAGUUCGAGGAAGAUCGGCUCGAUUGUCAGGAACAGGCUCAUCGUCGGAAAAUAACGAACGUCGGUCACGGCGAGUGAAUAGUGUUAUAAGACGACCAUUACGUUCCAGACUAAAUAUGACAAAAAAAAUCAAGAGCUUAGAGAGGUCAGUAAAUUCAUUGACAAAGACUGUCCAAAAAAUAUUAAAAAAAGUUGGUCAGGGAAAAGACAAUGUUACGCAAGAAACGUAUCCUGAGUUAGAGCAGAGAGUUAUUGUAGAAGGUGAAAAUGAGGAUGAAGCCGGCAAAGAAUGA